AUGUCACAACCCCCCACCCCCUCCACAACCUCCCCCGACAAGCCCCCCCACCCCGUACACCACAUCUACCCCAUCUUCGUCCCCGCCGACCUCUCCGACAACUUCAUCCACGCCUUUGCCGGCGCAACCGCCGGCUUCGCCUCCGGCAUCGCAACAUGCCCGCUCGACGUCAUCAAGACCAAGCUGCAAGCCCAGGGCGGCUGGUCGCGCAUGGGGCCCGGCCCCGGGGAGGUGGUCUAUCGCGGGCUCUUUGGAACAGCGAGCACGAUAUGGAAGGAUGAGGGGUUUAGAGGGAUGUAUAGAGGGCUCGGACCGCUGAUUCUGGGAUAUCUGCCGACGUGGAUGGUGUAUUUUACGGUGUACGAGAAGGCGAAGAAGUUUUUGGAGCCACAAAUCGAGCGCACCUGGGUGACACACAUCCUCUCCGCCAUGACCGCUGGCGCCUCCUCCACAAUCUGCACCAACCCCAUCUGGGUCAUCAAAACUCGGCUCAUGUCGCAGCCCCCCGUCACCGCCAACUCCCCCGCCUCCCAACACUACACCUCGACCCUCGACGCCAUGCGCAAAAUGUACAUGCACGAAGGCGUCCGCGCCUUCUACUCCGGCCUCGCCCCGGCACUCCUCGGGCUAACGCACGUGGCCGUGCAAUUCCCGCUCUACGAGCAGUUCAAGAAGAUGUUUACCACCGGCGCGGGGCAGGGCCAGAGCGGGCGCGGGAAGACGAGCGAUUUCUGGGGGAUCCUGGCCGCCAGCUGUCUGAGCAAGAUAUGCGCGAGCUCGGCCACGUAUCCGCAUGAAGUUGUGCGGACAAGGUUGCAGACGCAGCGGGUGCUGGGGGAGGCGGGGGGAGGAGGGAGGGGGAGGGUCAGGUAUCGCGGGGUGAUACAGAGCUUUGCGACGGUGUUUAGGGAGGAGGGACUGGGGGGUUUCUAUGCGGGGAUGGGGACGAAUAUGAUUAGGGCGGUGCCCGCGAGUGCGAUGACGUUGUUGACGUAUGAGUUCAUGGUAGGACGGUUAACACGAUACAAGGAACAAGGAAUACUAGAACGGGAUCGAUUACUCGGCGAACAAUCGCAGUCAUCACGGUGA